ACGCUUAAAGUGUGCCGAGCAGGUGCCUCGCGUGGAGCAACAACUUUGCGCGCGUGUUCAGGCUGAGCGCUACGCCCAUUCAUUGCCCACGAGCGCCCAUCCGUCUGUCCUGCGAAUCGUCCAACGAUAAGGGGCUCCAGGCAGAAGGCAGCCGCCACCUGGAGGACUGCGACCAGAAGAGGCCGAGAGCGCGGCUGACCCUCGCGGGCCGGGCAGGGGACUGUGGCCGCGACCAUGCAGACGUGCGCCAGGGCCUGGGGGCUGCGUUUGGGCUGUGGAGUCGGGGGCGGCCGCCGCCUGGCUGGAGGCACGGGACCGCUUUGGGUACCGCGGGGCCGUGACAGCAGCAGCUGCGGCGGGGACAGCAGCAGGGCUGGGGACUCGCGCCUCCUCGAGCGCCUCCUGCCCAGACACGACGACUUCGCUCGGAGGCACAUAGGCCCCGGGGACAAAGACCAGAGGGAGAUGCUACAGGCCCUGGGGCUGGCGAGCAUUGAUGAACUGAUUGAGAAGACAGUCCCCGCCAGCAUCCGCUUGAAAAGACCCUUGAAAAUGGAAGAUCCUGUUUCUAGUAUUAAGAUCUUGAACCUGUAUUUCUUUUGGGUGAACAAGAAGGGCUGUAGGGACAUGCCUCAGCUCCUUUUGGCUUUGGAGGUGCCCCUGGAGGAUGCCGCACUUGCAUAUCUCCUCAGAUACUGGUUUAUUGAACUUUCACUUACAUUUCCUAAACUUUCAAUGGAAGAAGUCCUGGUUUUUGGGAGCAUUUUAAAUAUUGCUCCUUUCCAUUCACUGAAAGUUGAUUUGAACCAGAGGGUAAUACUGUACCUCACCAGCACUGAUAGGGAGGACUGUGCACAUGAGGGUGAGGAGAUUUCACAGUAUCACCCUUCUGUUCUGAAUGGUUUCCACAGAGACGGCACCAACAAAUUCCGGAUCACCCAGUAUACUCCAUACCAGCCAGAAGUGUCUCAGGGAAGACUGGAGAGUUUACUAAACUACCAGACCAUGGUGUGCGACAUCACAGGCAUGGACAUGGCCAACGCGUCCCUGCUGGAUGAGGCCACAGCGGCCGCAGAGGCGAUGCAGCUGUGCCACAGGCACAACAAGAGGAAGAGAUUUUUUGUUGACCCGCGUUGCCACCCACAGACAAUAGCUGUCGUCCAGACUCGAGCCAAAUACAAUGGUGUUCUCAUUGAGCUGAAAUUACCCCAUAAAAUGGACUUCAGUGGAAACGAUGUUAGUGGAGUGCUCUUCCAGUACCCAGACACCGAGGGGAAGGUGGAAGACUUCACAGAGCUUGUGGAGAGGGCCCAUCAGACUGGGAGCCUGGCCUGCUGUGCUACCGACCUUUUAGCUCUGUGUAUCUUGAGGCCUCCUGGAGAAUUUGGGGUAGACAUUGCCCUAGGCAGCUCACAGCGAUUUGGAGUGCCACUGGGCUAUGGCGGACCACAUGCAGCCUUUUUUGCUGUUAGAGAAAGCUUGGUGAGGAUGAUGCCCGGGAGAAUGGUGGGGGUAACAAGAGAUGCCACUGGGAAAGAAGUGUACCGUCUUGCUCUUCAAACCAGGGAACAGCACAUCCGGAGAGACAAGGCUACUAGCAACAUCUGUACAGCUCAGGCUCUCUUGGCAAACAUGGCUGCCAUGUUUGCAAUCUACCAUGGUUCCCAUGGGCUGGAGCAUAUCGCUAGGAGGGUACAUAAUGCCACUUUGAUUUUGUCUGAAGGUCUCAAGCGAGCAGGGCAUCAACUCCAGCAUGACUUGUUCUUUGACACUUUGAAGAUUCAGUGUGGCUGCUCAGUGAAGGAGGUCUUGGACAGGGCCACUCAGCGGCAAAUCAAUUUUCGGCUCUUUGAGGAUGGCACACUUGGGAUUUCUCUUGAUGAAACAGUCAAUGAAAAAGAUCUGGAUGACUUGUUGUGGAUCUUUGGCUGUGAAUCAUCUGCAGAGCUGGUUGCUGAAAGCAUGGGCGAGGAGCAGAGAGGUAUUCCAGGGACUGCUUUCAAGAGAACUAGCUCUUUCCUCACACAUCAAGUGUUCAACAGCUAUCACUCAGAAACAAAUAUUGUGCGAUAUAUGAAGAAAUUGGAAAACAAAGACAUUUCCCUUGUUCACAGCAUGAUUCCACUGGGGUCCUGUACCAUGAAGCUCAACAGCUCAUCUGAACUCGCACCUAUCACAUGGAAAGAAUUUGCAAACAUCCACCCAUUUGUGCCUCUGGACCAAGCUCAAGGGUAUCAGCAACUUUUCCAAGAGCUUGAGAAAGACUUAUGUGAACUCACGGGCUAUGACCGAAUCUCCUUCCAGCCUAACAGCGGAGCCCAGGGGGAAUAUGCUGGGCUGGCCACCAUCCGAGCUUACUUCGACGGGAAAGGAGAGGGACACAGGACAGUUUGCCUCAUUCCAAAAUCAGCACAUGGGACCAAUCCCGCAAGUGCUCACAUGGCAGGCAUGAAGAUUCAGCCUGUGGAGGUGGAUAAAUACGGGAAUAUUGACACAGCUCACCUCGAGGCCAUGGUGGAUAAACACAAGGAGAACCUCGCAGCAAUCAUGAUUACAUACCCAUCCACCAAUGGAGUGUUUGAAGAGAACAUUGGUGACGUGUGUGACCUGAUCCACCAACACGGAGGACAGGUCUAUCUAGACGGGGCAAAUAUGAAUGCACAGGUGGGAAUCUGUCGUCCUGGAGAUUUUGGGUCUGAUGUCUCACACCUAAAUCUUCACAAGACCUUCUGCAUUCCCCACGGAGGAGGCGGCCCUGGCAUGGGGCCCAUCGGCGUGAAGAAGCAUCUUGCCCCUUUCCUGCCCAGUCAUCCCAUCAUCUCGGUAAAGCCAAGUGAGGAUGACCGACCUGUGGGUACUGUUAGCGCAGCCCCGUGGGGCUCCAGUUCCAUCUUGCCCAUUUCGUGGGCCUAUAUUAAGAUGAUGGGAGGCAAGGGCCUUAAACAGGCCACAGAAAUUGCUAUAUUAAAUGCCAACUACAUGGCCAAGCGAUUAGAAAAACACUACAGAGUCCUUUUCCGGGGUGCAAGAGGUUAUGUGGCUCAUGAAUUUAUUUUGGAUACAAGACCCUUCAAAAAGUCUGCAAAUAUUGAGGCUGUGGAUGUGGCCAAGAGGCUUCAGGAUUAUGGUGAGUGA